UGCUCUGUAUUCACUAAACGAUCUUUGUGUUAGCAAACAGCAUGACCUGCCUGUGUGUCCUAAUGACAGACAGUGAGCUGUAAAAUGCUGAAAAUAAGAUUAUUUAUAAGAUCAUUUUUUAAACUAACGAUACAUUGAACAAGGACUUCAUUGAAGAUGCCAGCUGGUGUGUCUUGGCCUCGAUACCUGAGGAUGGUUGGUGCCAGUAUGCUGGCCAUGUUUGCAGGAGCACAAGUGGUCCACCAGUACUACCUGCCUGAUCUGACGAUACCAGAAGUUCCACCAAAACCAGGAGAGCUUCAAACAGAACUGCUGGGCUACAAAGCCAGAGAGGAAGCUGCUGCCAUGUAUGAACAAGUGAAAGCAGAACAAAAAGUGGACUAAUGGAGGAUUAUUUAUCCUCACAGUGACAGACACAACCAAUGAGACUAUGUCUUUGUUUGUGAAGAACAACUAUCAUCCACGUUCCUGGGAGUUCAGUCGAAUGUGGGACAUCCGAUAGAUGUUUUCUGUUUGGUGUUUUCUUCUCAUCCAGCGAAGUGAAGUGGAAUAAAAUCCUACACUGUU